ACUGUAUAUAUGUCCGGGUCGGGGGCAAUCAGGAAGUCAGAAAUUGGGUAAAGAAGUUGGAAGGACCUGAGUGAGGAGUAACUGAAUGGACAGUGAGGCAGUUCCCAUUGUCAGCGAUGCUACUCGCCCCCAAAUCAUGCCACGGCUUGCUGGCUUGGGGAAAAUCACCGACCAUCUCUACCUCAGCAAUGGAAAGGCUGCCAACGAUAGCUCAAUGGUCUCCGGGUUUAAAAUCACCUGUAUCAUUAAUGCCACCGACAACGUCGCGAACAUUCCGAUCCCAGGUAUUGAAUACGUGAGGGUGCCGGUUGCCGACUCCCCGUUGUCCCAGCUGAGUGACCAUUUCGACAGUGUGGCGGACAAAAUACACCGGGUGGAAGAGCAGCGGGGACGGGUUCUGGUGCACUGCGCCGCCGGUGUGAGCCGAUCAGCCACGCUAUGCCUGGCCUACCUCAUGAAGCACCGCAGUAUGACGCUGGUGGACGCCCACGACUGGGUCCGAUCUUGCCGGCCCAUUAUCAGACCCAACAGCGGGUUCUGGAAACAGCUCAUUGACUACGAGUACAAACUUUUCGGAUUUUGCACUGUGCGGAUGAUAACGUCGCCGGUAGGAGAGAUUCCAGAUGUAUAUGAAAAGGAAACAAGAAAUUUGAUUCCGUGUUAAAAAGGCAGCUGACUGUUGCUAAUACAUGUACACUGUCAGGAAAGGAGUUAUUUUUCUUGUCCUCAUAGGGGAACCAUUUUUAUUUCUUUAUGGAACCCUGUGUGGAAGAUUUAACCAUUUUGCCUGAGUUCCUCUAUGGACACAAAUAUGAAACUUUCUUUUGAGUCCUGAGUGUGUAAAGCCCCCUUCUUACUAAUAGGCUUUAAAAGAGUGCUUUGACUGCGAGAUUCACCUGUACACUGGUAGUCUGUGUGGGAAUUUGUCUACCUAUGUAAUUAGCUGAUUGCUUCAUAUACUGCUCUGAUUGAUUUUACAUGGCAGCUCUCUAAACAUUCCCUAACUGAAACAAACAUUCCAAAAAUGUCCUGUAGAAUCUUUCUUUUUUACAGAUUGUUUUAUUUUGUUUUGAUAUUCCAGGUUUUAAUGCAUACUGAUAGCAGAACUUCAAUUCUGCGGUGUUCUGAGCACUUUGUAUAAAUUAAUUGUUUUGAUAUUGAUACAAUAAAGUUUGUUUCACGUUGCA